AUGCCCGAGUCACCCAGAUGGCUAGUCAUGCAAGGUCGUAUAGGCGAUGCUAAAAGAGUCUUAAACAAAACAUCAGAUUCAUUAGAAGAUGCACAAAUGAGACUAGCUGAUAUUAAAGAGGCGGCAGGAUUGCCAUUAGAUUGCAAUGACGAUGUGGUUUCUGUCCCUAAACGAAGUCGUGGUGAAGAUGUGUGGAAGGAAUUAUUUCUUCAUCCUUCGCCUGCCGUCCUACACAUUUUAUUGGUGGGCAUUGGCAUACAUUUCUUUCAACAAGCGAGUGGCAUAGAUGCUGUUGUGUUAUAUAGUCCCAGGAUUUUUGAAAAAGUCGGUAUAAAAAAUGUCACAGACAAGCUACUCGUCACUAUAGCGGUUGGAUUCUCAAAGACAAUUUUUACCCUAGUGACUACAUUUCUGGUAGACAAGGUUGGACGGCGAGUUUUGCUCCUCACAAGUAGCGGUGGUUUGGUAAUCUCCCUCUUGUCCUUAUCUAUUGGAUUGACAGUAAUCGAUCGAUCUCAUGAUGAAAAAGUAACGUGGGCCAUCGCCUUGUGUAUCCUAGCGACAUUGACGUCUGUAGCAUUUUUCUCGAUGGGGAUGGGCCCCAUUGUAUGGGUCUACUGCUCCGAGAUUUUCCCGUUGAGGCUAAGGGCCCAAGGGUGCGGUUUGGGAGUCGCAAUGAAUAGAUUCAUGAGUGGAGUAGUGCUAAUGACAUUUAUAUCCCUGUACAAGAGCAUUACAAUUGGAGGGGCUUUCUUUCUGUACACAAUUGUUGCAACUAUGGGUUGGAUUUUCUUCUACACAUUGCUACCUGAGACACAAGGGAGAACCCUAGAGGAUGUGGAGGAACUUUUUGGUACUUUCUUUAGGUGGAGAUCAACCAGUAAUGAACUAAAGAAGAAGAAAAUAGAGGGCAAUUCUAAUGGAUUUCAGCCUUGA